AUGGGGCCCCCAUCCCCGCGCCGCCUCGGAGCCGCACCCCGCAGGGGUGUCCUCGGGUGCAGCCACUGGAAGACCCCGAGCGCCGACUCCCCAGCAGCCCCGCAGGGCGCCCCGGCGGCCGAGGGACCGCAGCGCCGGGCCCCGCGGCGGGGGCGGCGUGCGCGGGGGCGCAGGCGGCCGGGCGUCUCCGCAGCAUCCCCGAGGCCUCCCGCGGCGCAUCCCUGCAGCCUGCUUACCUGCGCGGCGCUCAGGCUCCGGAGCCCAUUCACAUGGUCCUCUCCCCGCCCUCCUCCGGCGCGGCCGAGGCGGCUCCGGGAGCUCCCCGGCGGGCCCAGGAGCCGGUGGGCCUUCCGAGAGCACGGAGGGGGCGGCGCCGGGGUGUCCCCGGCCCGGCGGCCGGAUCCCUCCCUGGCGCGGGCGGCGGCCGCCGGGCGGUGCGACGCGGGCGGCGGCUUUGUGUGCGCCCGGGCGGUCCUCGGUGCGCCGGGAGAAGCGCGGCGCGCCCGGGUGGGAGAGGACGCGCCGCUCGCAGGGCAACCUCGCCUCUACUCUCGCCGCCGGCCGGCGGGCGGGUCUCGAAGGCCUUCGGCUCGCGGCGACCCCUCCUCCUCGCCCGCGGCAGCCCCCUCCUCGCCGGCUCCGCUCCUGACAGAUGGCGCAACUGCAACGACGCGCCGCCGCCACCACCGCGGCUGCUCGCUGCUACUCUUGCUGAUGCUCGGCCCCUCCAGCUCCGGAGGGGAGCGAGGAGGGGGCGGGGUGCGCCCCGAGAGUGACAGGCCCCGCUGCCCUAUCAAGGAGUCCCUUGGGAGCUGCGGGCCUCAACCAUUGGCGCCUGGGGCGUGGGCGGGACGGUAGUGGGUGGGGCCGCCGAGUGGGUUGAGCGUUACUGUGGCAGCGGGCAUCCCAGGGUGCGUGCGGUGCAGGGUGUGCAAGAGGAUGCGAGGUUGGAGGAGGAGCUUUAAAUGGAUUUGGACUCCUCAGGAGAAUUUGCUAAUGGUCUGAACAAGUGUGUAGAGCACUGCAAAAGAUUUGGAUACUAUUGCCCGUUUUGAUCUAUUCUGCCGAUUUCUACCAAGAACUUGAUUAAAGAUCUGAGAUGCUGUCCCUGCCCUACCCAACUUUUAAUCUCUUAAAUGUCAACUCAACAACAACACAUAUGGCAAGGGUAAAAACCCUCAAUAUAGAGUUUUUACAAAUCAACAAGAAAAUAAAGAUGAAUGUUUGAACUGAAAAAUACGUGCAACAAAAACAAAACCCAAAAUGACCAGUAAAUGUGAUAGGAGGUUCAACAGGAAAAUGGAUACCCAUACCCUACUAGUGGAAUUUUUAAUUGGUACAGCAUUGCUGGAAAGCAGUUUAAUAGCAUUUGUGAAAAGCCUUUUUAAAAAAAUGUAUACAUUUGACUUAGCAAUUUUACUUCUGGGAAAGAAUGGAACAAGUUUGCAAAUAUACACAUACACACACACACACACGCAUAUGAUGAGAAUAAUUGGAACAUUGUUUAUAAUAGUGAAAUACUGAGAAAAGUUCAUUAAUAAGGGAUUUGGUGUGUAAAUUAUGUUAUAUCUAUAAUAGAAUACUAUAUAGCCAUAAAAUUAUGACAUUGCCAUUUAUUUAUUUAUUUAUGUGGAAAGAUUUCACAACAAAUUAAAAUUAAGAAAAGCUGAUAAAUUAGUAUUGUGUUUGUAUGUGCACAUGUGUAUGUUUAUAUAUGUGUGUGUAUUAAUAUACAUAUAUUUCCACUAUUUUUAAACUUAUCUAUAUGUGUAAUUUUUCAUAGAAAGCAAUACAUACACAAAAGUUUUAAUGAUGGUUUUCUCCAAGUAAUCAUAUUUUAGGUCACUGGUAUUUUAUUUUUUAUCUUUUUCUGAAUUUCCUCAACUUUUUACAUUGGGCAUUUAUUAUGUUAUUAGAAAAAACAAUAAAAACAUUUUAAACUUGU